AUGAGUAAAUGGCAUUCUAUUGAGCAUUGUCGUAGUGUUAUGGAGGAAAAGACUGAGCGAGUAAAGAGUGUUGCCUUUCAUCCUUGUAAAAAGGUUCUUAUUGUUGGUUUGCAUAAUGGCAAGAUUCAAGCCUGGAAUUACUUGUAUAAGACUAAGGUAUUCGAGUUAGAAGAGCAUGAAGGGCCAGUCCGUGUUGUAGUCUUUCACCACUUAAUUGAGCGAUUUGCUAGUGCAGGAGAUGAUUGUUUAAUUCGUGUUUGGAACUACAAGACUCGUAGUGUUGAGAUGGUCUUUAAAGGCCACACAGAUUACAUUCGGUCUUUGGAGUUUCACAAGCACUUGCCUUGGAUUCUAAGUGCGUCUGAUGACCAAACCAUUCGGAUUUGGAACUUUCAAUCUAAGAAGCAAAUUGCCUGCUUAACUGGCCAUACGCAUUAUGUAAUGGGCGCCCGUUUCUUAUCUGAAUCUUUAUUUGCUAGUGUAUCUUUAGACCAGACUAUUCGUAUUUGGGACUAUUCCGCCCUAACAGUAAAGAGUCAAGCAACUGUCAUGGAUAUGCUAGGCGUACCAGAAGUACUUGUUAAGCACAUUAUUGAUGGCCAUGAUCGAGGGAUCAACUGGAUUUCAGCCAAACCUGAUUCUUGUAUUUUUGCUACAGGUGGAGAUGAUAGUAGCAUUAGACUUUGGGAUGCUUCUACUGAUAGUGUUUUUGAAACAGAUACUUUACAUGGCCAUCACAGUCAUGUAAGUUCUCUUUACUUUACUGCGACUGAUAUUCUAAUUAGCAAUAGUGAGGAUGGGACUUUAAAACUCUGGGAUGUCAAGAAGCGCAAAGCCAUUAAGACACUAAACAUUGAUAACAGCCGGUUUUGGUGUAUUGCCAUGGAUCCUUCCGAAAAGGUUCUUGCGGCUGGUCAUGAUACGGGCUUUUGUGUUUAUACCUUAGAGAAAGAGUCUUCUCUCUUUGCUACAGCUGAUGAUUAUAUCUAUUUACAACGAGGAAUGGAGAUAAUCAAAACAGAUACAAAAACUGAGAUAAGAGUUUGCGAAGCUAAAGGCGGGCUUAAAUCUUUAAUGGCGCGUAAUGGGUAUAUUUUAUUGAAUUACGGUAAUUGCUAUAGUUUAGUGGCUCCCCAUGAGACUAUUCGUGGGCCUGGCAAGGCCGUCUUAGGCGAAGACAGUCUCUGGGUAAGUACUGGGGCAGAAGUACUAGAGAAGACUUUAGGUGGAGUGGAGAAACGAACAGAAGCUCUAGAGACAGAUCGUUUGUUUUUGAGUCCUUUAGGAGUGAUUGGAGCCCGGGGUAUGCAUAUCUUUUGUUUAGAUAGGCCGGAAGAGAAAGUACUUCUACCGGAGGCCUGUCGUAGUAUCUGUGCUGGCGAGGGAUUUAUAGCCGCUAUAACUGAGAAGAGUAUUGUUAUGUUAGAUAUGGCCAUGAACCAAUUAGCCGUAAUUGACGAAGUCCUGAGCAUUAACAGUGCUGUGGCUUAUGGUGAGACUCUUUUCUAUACGACGGCUAUGCAUCUUAAGUUUGCUUUUAGUAGUGGUGAAGCUUCGGCUUUGUUAUCAACUGAAGAGUCUUUAUGGGUGGCUCAGAUCAAAAACGACCGGUUUAUCAUGCUUAAUCGGGCCGGAGUUGUAUCUGAGCUGGAAGUAGAUCUAAUUGAGUGGCGGUUUAAGUAUGCCUUAGAGAAGAAGGAUAGUCAAGUUUUACGUGAUUGUAUUGAGAAAGACGCCUUGAUUGGCCAAGCGCCUUUAGCUUGUUUAAUCAAAAAAGGUGCUUAUCAGGAAGCACAGGAGUAUGUUGAUGAUCCAGCCGUUAGUGCGGAACUUUGUCUGAAAACAAAGGACUUUAAAGGAGCAUUAGGUCAUGCCUUAAAAACAGGUAGUAAUUCUCUUCUUUCCCAAGUAGGUAUGGCAGCUAUCAACUAUGAUUUAGAUCUGGCUGAGCAGGCCUUUAAAGCAGCUAAUGAUAUUCACUCUUUGAUUCUUUUAUGUGUAGCUGCCCAGCGAGUAGAUAAGCUUGAUUCGAUUCUUUUUGAUUGCCAGGAUGAAAUGUACAUUGCUUUGGCGGCCAUUAUAACGGGAAACAAUGAAAGACUGCACAGUUUGAUUGCUCCGCACACGGCCCCAGACAGUCCGACUAUUGCUCCGGCCCCGGCUGAGCUAAGUAGUGAGUCUGCUUCAACGCUAGAUACUAAUCAGGCCCAACUUCCUGAUCAUUCUGAAUCCAAUGAUCAAUCCUUAUCAAAAUCAAAAUCAAAAGAAUCGCCAUCCACUCCAGCCAAGCCUUUGAAAGAGCAUCAAACCACUACUCCACCUAAAUCUAACUCUACUUCUACUAACUCCACUUCUACCAACUCAUCUCACUUACCUAACGCCAUGGAAGAUGAUGAGGAUGCCACCAUUAACUUCAGUUCCUCGGAAAAGCAGGAAAGCUCUGAUUUAGAUGACUUGCUUGAUAAAGACUUAGGCAAUAGUGACUUAAAAGAUAAGAAUGAAGAGGAGAUUGAGGCUUCUUUUAGUUCAUCAAAAUCGGAGGAAUCAGAAGAUCUAGAUACUUUACCACCACGAAUUCGUACUCUCAUUACUUCUCGUCUGGAUCUGUGUUUGAAGAACACACCCGCCUCGUUUGAUACUCAAAGUGAAAUCCAACGGUCUCUUGGUUUAGUUACAGAUGGCAAGUUUUCUCUAGCUAUUGCUGGACUGCUUAUUUCUUUACAUAGUUUGAUUCGCUUAAUUAAGACGGGUGCUUCUUAUCCUACAAUUGAUCAAGAUAUCUCUCUUUGUUCUACCUAUCUUCAAUGUCUAUUAGCUGAGCGCAUACGCAAAAAGACUACUUCUGAUAAGACGGCUAUCUCUUGCUCUAUUUUCUUCGCAUCAGCCGGUCUUAAGACUGAGCAUAAGGAGAAGGCACUACGAGCAGCCAUUGCUUUCUGCUAUAAGAAAGGCAACCGCCAUACAGCGUUGGAACUAGCCCGCGAGUUAGUCGAAACCAUGAACUGCGACGAUUCUCGAAUCAAACUGCUAGCUAAUAGCACUAAGCCAAUGGAAGAUACUUUCUUUAUUGAUACUUCCCUGCCUUUCUGCAUUGAUAAGGGCGAGUAUUUGGAAAGUGCCUCUAAGUGCGGCAUAUGCCACGCCUGGAGUUCCAAAGCAGUCAAAGUAUGUGCCUGCUGCUUUGUAUCUACCCUGGAAUAA